AUGGGUACGGCGCUUGAUGCGCUGAACCCAGCACCUCAGCCGCUGACAGCGCGCCGGCCAGCGGCCUCGAAUCUGCCUGUAUUCGAGCUUCCUCCGCCGGCCAAUUUUGGCUUGGUUAAUACUUCUACCAAGUUUCCCUCCCCAUCCAACGUCAGUAAUCUGCUCACCCCACCUUCAAAUCAUUCUGGCGAAGGUACGACCAAUACAUUACAUCCGGGGCCAAACAUCUCAACUGCAAUAUCUGCGGCACAAGAGGUGUCCUCCUAUCCCCCCUCGUGGCAAAAUCAGAAUUCGUAUACCUACGGCUCGCCCUCCCAGCCAUCCUGGGGCGCAAGUUCCGCCACUGGAGUCUUUCAACCGCGAAGCGUGCUCUCUCCACCGUCAGUCACAAUUAGUCGAACCAGCGGCAGUCUGCCGCCGACGACAAACGAAGGAAUGGCUCAACCAUAUGACCUGAACCAUCAUCUCCCACCUUUCCAACAACAGUCUAUACCUACAUCGUCUCCUGCAUCUGCUACCACUCUACUACCACAUGCGCAGCAUCCGCAUCCGCAAUCCCAGCCGAUGGCACACACAGGGCUUCAUGGCAUUCCAACAACUACCGCUGCGCCGUCACAUCAUAUGGCUACUGUUGAUCUCUACGGGUCGAGGCCGCUGGUCAGCCCCUUAUAUAAUACCUCCCCUACCGCCGGGGCGCCACACCCCGGCACGUACGCUCCAUCCUAUGGAGGGCCGUCCGCUGUAGGUCAGAGCGGAUUGGGCAUUCACACUUCGCGACUUCCGUCUGGGCCAACUCAAUCUCCGCCCAUGCAACCGCCGCAGUUGGGCUAUAGCCGACCGCCAUGGCCAUCGUACUCACUGCCUGCCAUGGCGGGGCCAAUCAUGACGAAUGUGCACAACCCUAACGGGCAAAUGUCACUGAUGGGUAAUAUGACCUCCACCAUGAUGCCGGGCUUCACAAGCGGCCAUUUAGCGAGUAUGCAGCAUAUGUAUGGCAGCCAUCCUUCCCACCACCAAGGUCAUGGAUCGUCUGCCGCGUCGAACGAUCGGCCUUUCAAAUGCGACCAGUGCCCGCAGUCCUUUAACCGAAAUCACGACCUUAAACGACAUAAGCGUAUACACUUAUCCGUCAAGCCGUUUCCCUGCACCCACUGUGAAAAGAGUUUUUCACGAAAAGAUGCGUUGAAGCGACAUCUUCUUGUCAAGGGAUGCGGCAAAAACACGGAUAACAGCUCCAAUUCCGGAGCCAAAGACGACGAAAGUGUCUCCAAAUUCGAUUCACAUAGUGACAAAGCGAGUCCCCUUUCGAAUGGUAUUUAA